GGACAGGUACCUCAUGGUGCAAGUGGGAAUCGACCUUGGGUAAGAUGAGUAUAUAAACUGAGGUGAAUUUUGGAGAAGUCAUUACAGUUUUACUCAGUCUCGGGUAUCUUACUAAUUGCGCUUUUCAACAUGAUCGCUAAGGUUGCUAUUCUUUUCGCUGUUGUUGCAGCUACCCAUGCUGUUGGUCUUUUGCAUGGGCAUGGACAUUUAGUGAGCACAGGAGCCAGUACUAGCGCUCGCAGCCAAGAUGCUUUCGGCAACUAUGCUUUCGGAUAUGACAUCGUCAAUGGUGUCGGCGCCGCUAACUCUAGAUCCGAAGUAGGUGAUGCCCAUGGCAACAAAAAAGGAUCCUACACCAUCGCUGGCAUCGAUGGCAGGGCCAGACGCGUAGACUACGUCGCUGACGGACAUGGAUUCCGCGCUACCGUCAAGACCAACGAACCUGGAACAGCUGCCAGUGCUCCCGCUGCUGCCCUCGUCGCCAGCCCUUAUGCUGGACCUGUCGCUCCAGUUGUCAAUCAUGUAGCACCCGCUGCUGCCGUCGUAGGACAUGCUGCUGUUGCCGCUCCUCUGGCUUAUGGUUUGCAUGGAGCCGGACACUUGGGUUAUGGCUUGCAUGGAGCCGGACACUUGGGUUAUGGCUUGCAUGGAGCCGGACACUUAGGUUAUGGUUUGGCCGGACACGGUCUCCUUGGACAUGGAGCUCUUGCACACGGCCUCGGACACUACGGACUCCAUUAAGUCAUCAGUGAUGUGUUUGCUGUUUCUCCAACUGUGAUCGGAAACCUCAUCUCAUCAUUUCAAACGGAAAAUGUUACCACCUUUCUUCUAUAAAAGCUUUAUUUUUAUUGUGCGUCUUCUUUAGUGACUGCAAUCUGUGAAACCUGUUUCUUCGCGCACAAGAAACUGGAAGUUGUACGUGUUCUUUAAAAUUUUGGGAGCGCUUCGAAGUGUUGAAUUUUGUACUCACAUGUACAGAUGUAGCUUUAUAAUUUAUUUAAAUGGGAUUUAUUUGAGCUGUAAAUAAAUGUUCUGAUAAAAAACAUUAA